AUGAGUCCCGCACAAGACAUUGCCGGCAGCGGCAUCAGCCAACUCGCACGUCAAGUGUCCAACAGCCUCAACCUCAGCACCAGUCCAAACCUCUCCUUCCACAGCCCGCCCUCCACAUUUCGCCAACCACCCAGCGGCAGCUUCAACAGCCAAAAUCAAACCAACAGCUCGCAUGCGCAACAGCUCGCCAAGCAAUUGAAGCCUUUCGAUACCAAGGACAUCAAGGUCCUGCUCCUCGAAAAUGUCAACGAAGCCGGUGUCGAGAUUCUCAAGGGCCAGGGAUACCAGGUCGAGGCCAUCAAGGCCAGUCUGGCAGAGGACCAGCUGAUUGAGAAGAUUCGCGAUGUCCACGUCAUUGGAAUUCGCUCAAAGACGAAGCUCACCAAGAGGGUGCUGGAGGAGGCAAAGAACCUCAUCGUCAUCGGCUGCUUCUGUAUCGGAACAAACCAGGUCGACCUCCAGACUGCCGCCAGCCAGGGUAUCGCCGUCUUCAACUCGCCCUUCAGCAACUCGCGCUCCGUCGCAGAACUCGUCAUCUCCGAGAUCAUCGCGCUCGCCCGUCAGCUCGCCGACCGCUCUAUGGAACUACACAACGGCACAUGGAACAAGGUCAGCAAGGGCUGCUGGGAGAUUCGCGGCAAGACGCUGGGUAUAGUCGGAUAUGGUCACAUUGGUAGCCAACUGAGUGUGCUGGCUGAGUCCAUGGGCAUGAGCGUCAUCUACUACGACGUUCUUACCACAAUGGGUCUGGGAACUGCGCGACAAGUAGCGACGCUGGACGACCUACUUGCACAAGCAGACUUUGUCUCUCUUCACGUUCCGGCUACCUCUGAGACCAAGAACCUGAUUGGCAAAGAACAGUUCGCAAAGAUGAAGGACGGCAGCUAUCUCAUCAACAACGCCCGUGGUACUGUUGUCGACAUUCCCGCCAUGAUCGAGGCCAGCCGCUCUGGCAAACUCGCAGGUGCCGCCAUCGACGUCUUCCCCAACGAACCCGCCGGCAACGGCGACUACUUCUCCAGCGACCUCAACUCCUGGACCAAGGACCUCGUUGGUCUGAAGAACAUCAUCCUCACUCCCCACAUUGGUGGCAGUACCGAAGAAGCGCAGUCCGCCAUUGGUGUCGAAGUCAGCACAGCACUCGUCCGCUACGUGAACGAGGGCACCACACUCGGAGCCGUCAACUUGCCAGAAGUCAACCUACGUAGCUUGACUCUCGACCAGCCAGACUGCAUGCGUGUCAUCUACAUCCACAAGAACGUACCGGGUGUGUUGAGACAAGUCAACGGUAUCCUUCUCCACCACAACAUUGAGAAGCAAAUGUCCGAUUCAAGAGGCGAUGUCGCAUACCUCAUGGCGGAUAUUAGUGAAGUCAAGGAGGGUGAGAUUAGGGAUCUGUUUACCAGCUUGGAGGAGCUUUCUUCAUGUAUCCGUACCAGGGUCCUGUACUAG